GGCAACCAAUCAGCUGACCUGUUCUCCAACACCACAUGCGACAUGUCCGCCAAUGAUUCAACAUCCUGUUCUCCCGUGGACUAUGGAAUGGGGGCAGGAAGUCCAUAUAAAGCUCUGGAGAUGUUUUUUAUUGCCUUGGUUACAGGAUCUCUCAGUUUUGUGACUGUCACAGGAAAUAUUUUAGUCAUGCUAUCCAUCAAAGUAAACCGCCACCUACAAACUGUCAAUAACUAUUUCUUAUUUUCAUUAGCAUGUGCUGACUUGAUUAUUGGUGUUUUCAGCAUGAAUUUGUACACAGUGUACAUCAUUGUUGGCUACUGGCCGCUUGGGCCCGUGGUCUGUGAUUUGUGGCUAGCUUUAGAUUAUGUUGUCUCAAAUGCCUCAGUGAUGAAUUUGUUGAUCAUCAGCUUUGAUCGCUAUUUCUGCGUGACCAAACCCCUCACGUAUCCGACAAGAAGGACAACUAAAAUGGCAGGGUUAAUGAUCGCUGCAGCAUGGAUCCUGUCGUUCAUCUUGUGGGCUCCCGCCAUCUUGUUCUGGCAGUUUAUCGUUGGACAGCGAACAGUGCCAUCUAGAGAGUGUUAUAUUCAGUUCCUUUCUAACCCUGUGGUGACAUUUGGGACGGCUAUAGCAGCAUUCUAUCUACCUGUCAUUAUUAUGACUGUCCUGUACAUCCACAUCUCCCUGGCCUCAAGGAGCAGGGUCUCCAAACACAAACCCGAGAAGAAAGAGAAGAAGGGCAUAAAAACUCCUAGCUUGAUGAAGAGUCACCUGUUAAAGCAGAACAACAACAACGAGAGCAGUCCUCAGGCAAGUCCCCGCUCUACUCCCAAACUCAGCGUGGACUCAACUACCACUGCGCUGGAGGCUGUGAAGAACGGGAGAGUCGAGGAACCAAAGCUUGUUCAGCCUCAGCCUCCAACACAGCCAAGUCCAGGACUCACACAGGAGGAGAAAGAGAGCUCCAACGAUUCGUCCACAGCUUUCAUUCCCCCGACAGAACCAAAAGACAACCCCAACAACAAAGUGAUAUCUGAGGCUGCAACAAAUCCCAGCCCAGUUGAAACGACGACAGCCAAUCCUGCCGUGCCCAAGAUCAACCCCGCCUCGAGGUGGUCCAAGAUAAAGAUCGUAACGAAGCAGACUGGGGACGAAUGCAUCACAGCUAUAGAGAUUGUCCCACCUGUAGAGGGAGCCGAGAGGCAUUCAAUCCCAAUCAGCCGUCCUCGGACUGUGGCAAGAAAGUUUGCAAGCAUUGCUAGAAGCCAAGUGAAGAGGAAAAGACAGAUGGCUGCCAGAGAAAAGAAAGUGACCAAGACUAUCUUUGCCAUCCUGCUGGCUUUCAUCAUCACAUGGACGCCAUAUAACGUCAUGGUGUUGAUCUCGACUUUCUGCCAGUCCUGCGUCCCUGACACCGUAUGGGCUAUCGGCUACUGGCUAUGUUACGUCAACUCUACUAUCAACCCAGCUUGUUACGCACUGUGCAACGCCACAUUUAAGAAGACAUUCAAGAACCUGCUGCUGUGCCAGUAUAAAAAUAUAGGCACAAGAUGA